GCUACCGCUUCCUCCCCAACUAAUCCAACUAAUUCAAACAAAGAUCGGUAUACAAAAUACCCCAAGCGCAAAGUUGGAAGCCCUAAUUCGGACCCUCUCGAGCAUUAGGAACUCGGCCCGUUCCCACUCCCAUUGACUUUUACAUACGUCGCCUGCCACCCGCAAGUUUGUUUGCUUUAUCGGGGCAAAGGAAUCUUAGCGACAUCUUCUCCUAGUUGUUUUUUUUUCCUUCCUCAUCCCUAGAAACGAAGGAAAUCGACGAUAUCUAACCAAGGGAAAGAAUCGACCUAUAGGAAGGAGUGAGGAUCACCAAAAUCUGAUAAACUGAUCCUCUCUGAUAUACCUGUCUACUUACCUACUUCGGACCUAUCAUACGACUAAGCUCAGGUCGUAAUUUUGCGGAGCCGAGCCCGCGGAAACCCAAAAUCAUCUCAUACGCUGAUGUCCGAGCCUGCAUUGCGUCUCCGAACAGAACAGCGAAUAGGAUCGACUAGAUGGUUAACCCGCCUCUCUGCUCCAGGAUCGGAAUAACAUGGCGACCCCUACUGCUACUGCUGUCACCAUCUCCUCUGCUAAUCUGAACGGCCACUCCAGGCCGCAACCAACCAAACUCGCCAUAACCCCUUUCUCAGCUGCAUCUCCCCCCGCUUCGUCUGCUGCCUCACCAAUCUCCAGCGUGUCUACGCCUACCUCGAGUCAUCAACUCGCCAUCAAACCCGCUUCCGCCGCCUUGCAGGCCACCACGAUGGCGACAGUCGCCGUCGCAAAGGGCACCAUCACCAGCAGGGAAUGGGUCGUUCCUCCGAGGCCCAAGCCCGGUCGGAAGCCCGCCACGGAUACACCGCCAACUAAGAGGAAGGCUCAGAACCGGGCUGCUCAGCGCGCUUUCCGCGAGCGAAGGGCCGCCCGCGUCGGCGAAUUGGAGGAACAGCUAGAGGACCAGAAGGAAGAGUACGAGAGGACACAUCAACAUCUACGUGACCAGGUGCAGGAUCUAGAUACCGAGGUGCAGACGCUAAGGAGCAGGUGCGUAGUCCUCGAGGAGUUAUUGGAGAAAGAACGUGCAGAGCGCACCAAAGCAACAAACGAACUCGACGAUUUGAGACGACGAUGGAGGGCGGAGGGAUCCACCUUGUCGUCGAGGAAUGGAAGUUUCACAUCCCAUCACGGACGAGCACCCAAUUCAUUAAGCAUCUCCUCGCAACGCCCGACACCACGAGGAAGCAUCACGAACAACGCACCGGAGCAUCGUAAUUCGACUACAGCAUUCUCCAUCUCACAAAUCAUCUCUCCACCCGACUCUUCGAACUCGUCGGGCCUUCGAGACUCGUCGCCAGAUCCUGCGGGAUGCGGCAAUUGCGAAUCCACCGGGCCGUGUGCUUGCGUGGAAGAUGUCCUCGCUAGCACAUCCAUCGGAUGCGGUAAGUGUAGCAUCGGUAGCAAGUGCGAAUGUCUCGAAGCUGUGCUUAAGGGGCCAGCUCCGAAUUCGGAAUCCGAACUCAAGCGAAAGCCAUCCUCGAUAUCGGUCAUGGCUCCGGAAGAGAAGAGGCAGAAGAUCCCCGAGCCGUAUCCUCACGAGGUUGACUUCACCGCCAUGUUCUCUAAGAAGAAAGAUCCCAUCCCAGAGGUCGCCCUGUAUCAGCCCGUCGCUCAAUCGGCCGUGGCGCCACGAGACUCGUGCGGUUUCUGCAAAGAGGGUACCUACUGCAUGUGUGCCGAGACCGCCGCAUCGCAGACCCUCGCCCCAGUAUCCCAACAGAUCCAGACUCCACCGCCAUCGGAGAAUGAUGUAGGCCCUACCCCUGUAGAAGUCACGUCUACCGGAGCCAUCAAGUUACCGGGCAUAAGUUCAUUGAACCAUACCCCAAUCUCGUCGACCCGUCCAUCUGGCUGCGGCCCCAAAGGACCCGGAUCCUGCGCUCAAUGUCUAAGAGAUCCUAAGUCGGGCCUCUUCUGUCGUAGCCUAGCCGCCAACUUUGCCCGCAGCGGGGGCAAGUCUGGCGGAUGCUGCGGGGGAUCUGGGGGUUCUGGAUGUUGUAAAUCUAACGGAUCCGCCUCAGGAACAGCCACACCUAACGGCUCGUCGUCUCUCAGCGUGUCAUGCGCAGACGCAUACAAGACAUUAUCUAGUCAUCGAAACUUUGAGAAGGCCACCGAAGAGAUCGGAACAUGGCUACCUAGACUUAGAGCUGCUCCUCCUCAGGCGAACGCACCGGCUAGGUUGCCCAUAGAAGUCGAGGCAGCUAGCAUCAUGGGUGUGUUGAGGGAGUUUGACGUUCGAUUCGGAAGAGAUGCUUAAACUAUCACUAUCUACCUAAUCUAUCUACAUAUAUCCAAGGUGGGAUGGGAGGUCGCAUCACGCUCUGAGUUUAUAACGGGGUGUAUAACGGAGUACAUAACGACGACACGGCGGCAACGGAUCAUUGCAUCCAGCGGUGUUUAAGGGGGGAAGGGUGGUUGAUUGCUUCGGUCGCAUUUGAAGUGUGGCCAUAUCUUGCAUUUACUAUUUGCGAGACUAUCAUCGUCAUCGUCAUCGGUUCGAUAGGAAAUAUCUUAUCAAGGGAGGCUGCGAGUGAUGUGCUCGCAUUGAUUUACUGGUUAUGGGAAACCCUGACGAUUUUCCGAGGCGUUCGAUUGUUUGUAUGGUAUCUAAAAGCAAGUAACGUCGAGCUCAGAUGAGUUUCGAGUACAUCGUGCGAAUGCGUUAUGAGCAUGUUCAAUAGUUUACGUCGGCACUUUCAACUAUUUGCGUUUGUCCGUG